AUGGACGCAGCGACAGAAACCAGCCCAUCGGCUUCGUCGUCAGCCGCAGCACCUGCCGUCGUCUUCAAGCGCAAACGAGGUCCUGCCUCUCGAGCCGCCUCGUCCAAUACUGCCGACGUCGUUGCUGCAUCCUCGUCAACGUCGGCACCGAACACCAGCAACCAGCCGGGACCAUCGCGGGUAUCUAGAGACCGCUCGAAUAGCGAGUCCUCAGGUAGCGACCAUGAACGCUCUGCCGUAGUUGUCAAGAAGAAGCGUUCGAAUCACAACCCGCUCGUUCAAUCCACUGGGUCGGUCUAUCGCAGCAAGUCCAAGCUGGGCAGCUCUCACGACUCGGAUGACGAGUACCCGCUCGAAUCCGAACAGGCAUCCCGCGAUGUGCUCCCAACCACCACCGGCACCAGCACCGCGUCCUCGCUGGCCAAGAUCCGAGAAGACGCUACAAAGCACAGCGACUGGGAUCUCGAAAAUUCGAACAGCACAUCCUCCCUACAACCUUCCCUCACCAACUCGGACGGGCUCUACCGCGGCGCCAAAUCAUACACCUUCUUCACCCCCACGCGCGACGACGGCACCUCGUCAAAAAUCCGCGCCCGCGGUCCCAUCCGUUCCACCACCACCGUCCGCACCACCUCCCUCAUGGACUACCAACCGGACGUCUGCAAGGACUACAAAGAAACUGGCUACUGCGGUUUCGGCGACACGUGCAAAUUCCUCCACGAUCGCUCCGACUACCUCGCAGGGUGGCAGCUCGACGUCCUACCGAACUCCUCCUCUCGCGGGCGCGAAAACGUUCUUUCCGAUCCGGAAGACGUAGCGGAGGAACAGAUCCCCUUCGCAUGCCUCAUCUGUCGUCAACCGUUCACAGAUCCAGUCGUCACGAGGUGCGGUCACUACUUCUGCUCCGCCUGCGCGAUCAAGCGGUUCAGCAGGAAUACAAAGUGCUUCGCGUGCGGCAAACAGACGGGCGGGCUGUUCAAUAGCGCUAAAAAAGUGCUCGAUAGGAUGCAGGCUGCCAAUAGGGUGAAGGAGGACGCGAGGAGGGAGAAACACGCUUGGCUGGACGACGAUCCUUCCGUCCACGGCGGUUCAGGUGCAGACCAAGAUAGUGAUGAGGACUAG